AUGACAACUAGCCAAAGCACUGCAAUUUUUGGAAGCGAUUUACAAACGUUCAUAGUCACUAAGUAUGACCCCUUACUAACUAUUGUGAAGGAGUUAAAUGAUAAAUUACAGAAUUCGGAAAAAGACAAGUAUCGCUUAGAAAAGAGAUUGAUAAGAUUAGAAAAGCAGAUGCUAGUAUUGCUAGACAAACUAGAAGUAACUGACAUACCAGUUGAUCUCGAGUUAAAAGAAAAAAAAGAAGAACAAAGGAAAAAUCAAAAAAUCGAAAAUGAAGAGAAUUUAUUAGCUCCUUGGCUUUUCUCUUGCCAGUUAGGAACACCAUUAUCUUCAUUACAAGUACUACUAGAAUUUACAGUACAGAACACAAUAGAAUUAAAUGUUAAACUAUGGAAACGAGAGGAUGAUAUGUGGAUAAACUUUUUAGAAAUUAUGUCUUCUAAUGCUAAAAAUUAUUUACCAGAUUCAUUAAAUUUGAUUGAAUUAAGAAAAGCUACAAGAAAGUGUUUAUUAAAUUUAUGUACAAGUGAAAUUUUAAUAGUAUUACGAAAUGUGCCAGGAAAAUCUCAAGCUGUUUAUAACACUACUACAAUGACCUUAGUUGCAAUUUUAGCUUCUGCAGUUUAUGAAGCGUGGAAAAGGAUUGAGCUCACUGACCCCGUUUCCCUCGGUAGAAUAGUUCUUGUGUUAGACGGGGAAGACGUUGGAUCGAGGCUAAGAGCAGGAAACAAAAAGCUGAAAAUAGAGCCAUUGAAUUAA